UCUAGAGAUUGAGAAGUGCCCCUUUUUCUGCAAAUAUCAUUUGCAAUUUCUCCAAGCUAUUCUACCGAUAUUUAACCCCUUAAGCUACGAGCUGUUAUUAUUCCAUUGCAGAACUGCAUCGCUCAACGGUAUUAAUCGUCAAACACUGCCACUAUGAACGUCCCCGGAGCGACCGGAAUAUCUACAACAAUAGUAGCGACUCUGAUUGUUGCUCUCCGGCUUUUCACGAGACUUUCUGUUACGCGCCAAGGAUUGGGACUCGAUGACUGUCUAAAUCUCGCUGCCUUGGUGCUCGUAUGGGUGUUUUUGGGUGGUUUCUUCCCAUUCUACGAUGCGAUCGAUAAUUUGUUCCAGGCUCAAACCGAGGAGAACAACCGACGGUUCGAAAUAUACAACGCCGUUACCGGAAUCGCCUUUACCACAGCCUUGGCUCUCAGCAAACUAUCCAUUCUGGUGUUCUACCUCCGCCUUUCCCCUGUUCGGUCCCAUCGGUACCCCGUUUAUAUACUCAUGAGCUUACUCUGUCUAUAUACCCUGGGGUGCAACAUCUUCUCUCUUCUCAUAUUUUCCCCUCUGGCCCAGAAGGUGAAAGAUGCAGACACAAUAUUCACUCCCCUAUACGCCAUAGGCAACAUCGUGAUUGACUUUUGCAUCCUACUGCUACCUAUACGAGCCGUUUUGCCUCUUCAGAUGAGUGCGAAAAGAAAGGUGUUGGUUUUGAUGAUCUUUACCACCGGCACUGUGGUUUGCGCCUUUGCAAUUUGGAGAGCCACGUGCCUCACGUUCAUCUCCAAGUCACUGCCGACGAAAACAGCGAUAUCGAAAGAGUUGGCUAUCUGUUUCGGCGAGGUAAAUGGAGGAGUCAUCUGUGCAGCGGUGCCAAGUAUCUCAGCCUUCUUCACCAAGUUUCUCCCCGAUGUCUACGCGUCGUAUGUCAAAGGUUCACAAAGUUCGUCAUCCAUUGGCAACUCACCUUUCUCCACCACUGAGAGCAAGAAUGUGAACCGUCGUCAAACCCAUGAGCAAAGUUACAAGUCUCGCUCGCAUGAAGCUGUAUCGACUUCCCAUCAUAUUUGAAGAGCCAUUUGUGGCAUUGACCUUUCUCUUAGUAGUUCUUGGUCCAAAGUCUCUCUGAGUAAUCGUCUUUCAAAACCUGAAUUUAGGUGGACAAAGGAAGCUAGUCGAACCACGACAUGACCUAAAGGCGGCACUCUGGCAACGGGAUACUGUACUAGCGAACUAUAUCUUAGAAAAGACUAGAACGCAUUAUAAGAUAAAAAUGUGAC